AUGAUUAAUAAAAUUAUACUGAUAGCAAUAUUAAAUUUAAUUGCUCUUACAUAUGGAAAUCAAAGCGUAGACUUAAGUAUUAGAAACUCUCAAACAAAUGCACUAAAUCCGUCGUUUAAAAGUUUUAUUGAAGAAGAUAUUUAUGGUUUUAUUUUAAAAGAAAAUUAUGAUGAUGAAAACAAAUGCAAAGCAAAACUUGAGGAAUAUUGCAAAGAAUUAAAGGAUAUAGAUCCAGAAUUAAAUAAAGUGAAUAGUAAUGUUAAGGAGAUUUGUAAUAAUAAUAAUAAAGAGCAAAAAUGCAAAGAUCUAAAACUAAAUAUUAAAGAAAAUCUAGACAAAAUUUCUAAUGAGCUUUAUGUAAUUCUACAAAAAUCUUUAACUUAUGAAGAUUUUGAUAAAUAUUUGCCAAGAUGUUUGUUUUUACAUAAUUUAACUAAAAAUAUUUUAGAAUAUUGUUAUUUAUUAAAAUAUAAUUAUUAUAUAAGGAAGCAUUUAAAACUGACACUUGAGCUUAUUCUUCAUGCAGUUGGUAAUAGUAUUGCUAAUUAUGAUGAUUUUAAAGAAAAAAUGAAAGAAAUAUGUCCAAUAUUGAUUCAACAAGGCACUAAUUUCAUCUCUGAAUGUUUUAAAAUUAAAGAAUCUUUUGAAGAAUUAAAUAAAUACAUUAAUUAUUUUUGCAAUUCUUUAAAUAUUAACCUUAAUGAUAACGAAUUGCAAGAACAAUGUCACAAAAAACUCAAAAGCUGUUAUUUUCUCAAAAAUAAAUGUAAAAAAAAGUGUAAUGAAUUAAAGGUGUUAUGCGAGAAAAAGAAUAUUACAUAUAAGCCUCCAGGAAAAGAUUUUAAUCCAAUUGAGCCAGAAACAACGUUAUUAAAGAUUGAACUGGAAGAUUUUUAUAAAAAAAUGAAAGAUGAAGGAAUAUAUAUUGGAAAUGUGGAAGCAACACUGGACAACAUCUUAAUCUAUUUGUCUAGCACAACCACCGGUUUCUCAGGAAAUAAAUGCAGGAUUGUAUUGAGCGGAAAUUGUGAUUUUUUUAAAUUUCUGAGUCCUGAAUUUAAGGAAUUAUGUCAAAAUAGCAGAAGACAAAAAUGCAGAGAUAUAUCAAAAAUAACAAAUAAAUGUAGAAAGUUUAAAAUAAUGCUUUAUCUAGCUGGAUUUUCUACACAUUUUCAAGAUCAUAUAAUAGGGCAAGAUAUCCUUUGGGAUAAGCUUUCAACAUCAUUUAGUGAUAAAGAACUUUUAAAAUUUGAUACAAACUGUUUUUAUAUUCAAAGAUCAUGCAGAAACAAUUUGCUUGAAGUAUGUAAAAAUGUAAAAAUUGCAAAUAAUAAAAAGCAACAAAGACAACUAUUUAUUAAAUUAAUUGAAGGUAAAUUGGUCGAAGAACAAUACAAUUUAAAAUCGAAAGAUGACAAGCUUAAAAUAUGUCAAAAAGUAGUAAUGGAGAAGUGUGUAACACUUGUAAAUAGUAAUAUUGAGAACUUUUUAAAAUGCCUUCGACCAAAAGAGAUAUGUCUUGAACUUGAAGAAAUUAUUUUUACUCGAUCCAAAGACUUAGAACAAGCUUUGGAUCAAGCACGGGAUUUUCCUAAAGAAGAGGACUGUGUUGAAUUGAAAAAGGGUUGUGAAAGUAUUGCGGGGGAUUUAGGUUCAAAUAAUGCAAAGUGUGUUACAUUAAAAGAGCGUUGUAAAUAUUUGAAAGUUACAAAAGAACUAAAAUAUGUUUUUUUAAAGGAUAAAAGUGAUUCAUUAGCGAAUAUUCAAAAUUGUAUGAAAGCUUUGAAGGAAAAAUGUGAUAGAUUGUUUAAAAGAGGGACUAAUACAUUUGAUAUUUCAUGUGCUUUGCCAGAAGAAACAUGUAAAUUUAUGGUUUCAGAAGUUAAAAAUCAUUGCAGUACUUUUAAAAACAAUAUAGAAAAACAUGAUAUUGUAAAUAAAAGUAAAAAUGGAAAUGAAACAUUAGUUGAAGAAAUCUGUAUAUUAUGGGAUCCAUAUUGUGAUGAACUUAUGGAAAAUUGCCCAGAUAAGUUGAAAAAAGGAGACAAUGGGAAUGAAAAAGGAGUCUGUUUACAACUGAAAGAGAAUUGCAGACCAUUCUUUGAAAAGUUGAAAUUGGAGAAUGAGUUGAUGCAUGAAUUGAAAGGUAGUUUAGGCGAUAAAACUAAAUGUAAAAAAACAUUAGGAAAACAUUGUACUGAGAAGAAAAAUCAGGCGAAUCAGAAAUUCAAUAGUUUUUGUAAUACUGAUAAAAAUAAGAAUGUCGAGGAAAAAGUUUGCAAGAAGUUGGUUGAAAAAAUAAAAAGAAAAUGUCCAACCUUAGAAAAUGAACUGAAUGAAGAGAAAGAUGAAUUAAAGAAGAAGAAAGAUGAAUACGAAAAAGUGAAACAAGAAUCAGAAAAAUUUGCGAAGGAAGCUAAGUUACUAUUAUCAAUACCUGAACAAGAUGGACAAGGUGGAGGAUCAAAGGUGCAAGAUGGCAAUGCUCCUAAAUCAGUGGGACCACCGGUACAGCCACCAGCACCAGCACAACCAACACCAGGAGGAGCACCAGCAGCACCAGCAGCACCAGGAGGAUCAACACCAAGUGGAACGACAAACACGAGUAAUGUUAUACUUGUUCGGAGAACAUUUGUAAGUGGAGAAGUAUCAGAACCAGAAAAGAAGGCAUUUGUUGCAACGGCGAGAACAUUGGAAUUGUAUUUAGAAUUGAAAGAGAAAUGUAAAGGUUUGAAAGGAGACUGUGGGUUUAGAAAGGAUUGUCCGGGGUGUGAAGCGGCCUGUACAGAAAUAGACAAGUUGUGUGAAGGAAUAAAAGGAUUAAAAGUUACACCGCAUCAUACGGUGACAUUAAUGACGAUACAGAUAACGACUACAACAAUGAUUACAACGACAACAACAACGACUAUAACAACGACUACAACAGCUACAAAGUCAAUACAUGGAGGGAAAGUAACAGAACAAUGUGCAUUUUCUCAAACAACAGAGAUAUGGUUGUUGCGUACAUGUUUGCAUACAAGUACGUUGACAAGUACAUCUACAGUGACAUCUACGGUGACAUUGACGUCGAUGCGAAAAUGCAAACCUACGAGAUGUACGAGUGAUUCAAGUAAAGAAACAGAAACACAAAAAGAGGAAGAGAAAGAGGAAAAAGCGAAACAGAAUGAAGGAAUGAAAAUGAGAGUUCCAGAGAUAGUAAAAAUAAUAUUAUUGGGAGUGAUGGUUAUAGGAAUGUUAUAA